GAACCGUACAGUGUGGGAAACGCCAGCAUCACUCAGGGUAGUUGGACAAGACCUUCGUAAAUGAACGGCCAUUAUCCAACAGUGGUCUUUUUUGGCAAGUUUCUUCUUGUUGGCAAUUUGGCUUGUGAUAACUGAUAACCAAUCUUGCUCCAUGCCAAUGGCACGGCAGAUGCGCAUAGCUGUGCAUAUGGAGGGAGAGAUGGAGAUCGAGCCAGUCGCCCACCACGUCGGUUCCAUGAAAGCCGACGAUGCCCGCCGUCCAAACUCCAGAUCCGCCACCGGCGGCUGGACCGCAGCCAUCUUCAACAUGGGGGUGGAGAUAGCGGAGAGGUCGGCGUACUUCGGUGUGUCGUCGAAUCUCAUCAGCUAUCUGACAGGACCGCUCGGGGAGUCGAUGUCGGCGGCGGCUACGGCGGUGAACUUGUGGUCCGGGGUGUCGUUCAUGCUGCCGCUGGUGGGGGCCUUCGUCGCCGACUCCUAUCUGGGCCGUUAUCGGACCAUCGUACUCGCCUCCCUCCUUUACCUUCUGGGACUAGGCAUGCUGACCUUCUCCUCCAUGCUGCCAACUCUGAAUCCUUCUGACUGCACAGAUCUUACGGCUUGCCCCCAGUCUCAAUUCCAAGCCAGAGUCUUCUACUUCUCCCUAUAUGUGAUUGCAUUUGCGCAAGGCGGCCAUAGGCCUUGCGUUCAAGCAUUCGGAGCCGAUCAGUUCGACGAGAAUAACCUGGAGGAAUGCAAGUCCAAAAGCUCCUUCUUCAAUUGGUGGAAUUUCGGAGUGCACGCAAGUAGCUUGGUCACAUCCCUAGCAUUGAACUAUGUACAAGACAAUAUCGGUUGGACCCUUGGAUUUGGAAUCCCUUGGAUCUUUAUGGGGGUAGCUCUCGCCAUUUUCUUGCUUGGAACCAGAUUUUAUCGCUAUCAUCUAAUAGAAGACAAGAAUUCCUUUGCUAUGAUCUGGAAAGCAUGCGCCACCCUGAUCAGCAGUUGGCAAAGGACAUCAAUAUUCGCGGCAUUUACAAAUGGAGCAAGCGAAGCACUUCUUCCACCUGCAUCUGAACAUACCAAGCACUCUGGUUAUUGUCAACAUGAGAGAGUAGACGAUGUAGGUCAAGAAGAAAAAGCUAAGGGAUUGCUCCAGUUGUUUCCUAUAUGGGCAACCUGCUUAACUUCUGCUGCUGUUGUUUCUCAGCCAGGGACACUGUUUACCAAGCAAGCUAGCACAUUGGAUAGGAGAAUAGGGACCAGCUUCCAAUUGCCGCCAGCAGCACUACUGAGCUUCAUCAGAAUCACUCUCAUUGCGUUCAUUCCAAUCUAUGAUCGAGUCCUUGUACCAAUAGCUAGAAAUUUCACAGGAUUGCCGACGGGCAUCACCAUGCUUCAACGAAUUGGCACGGGAUUGUUUCUCUCGGUGCUUAUGAUGGUAGCAGCAGCUCUGAUAGAGAUGAAGAGGCUUGAAACUGCUAGAGAUUUUGGGCUGGUUGACAUGCCCGAUGUUGUCAUUCCUAUGAGCAUGUGGUGGUUGCUUCCUCCAUAUGUUCUCGACGGGAUUAUGUUUGUCCUUACAUUUGUUGGGUUGCAAGAAUUCUUCUAUGACCAAGUACCUGAUGAAAUGAGAAGCCUUGGGCUCGGUUUUUAUGCAAGCGUCGUUGGCGCUGGUGAAUUGCUUAGUGGUUUCCUGGUCUCUGUGAUCGACAAGGUGACAGGAAGCAGAGGAGAGAGCUGGAUUUCUGACAACUUGAACCAUGCACAUCUUGAUUACUUCUAUUGGCUCCUUGCUGGACUGAAGAUGGACACCGAGCCCCUCCUCGAGCUCACGGGCCCCACGAAGGGCGUGGUCGACUACCGCGGCCGUCCGAUCUCCCGAUCCGCCACCGGCGGGUGGACCGCCGCCCUUUUCGUCAUAGGGAUGGAGGUGGCGGAGAGGUGCGCGAACGCCGGAAUAGCCUCCAAUUUGAUCACGUAUCUGACUGGGCCGCUCGGCGAGUCGACGGCGGCGGCGGCGGCGGCGGUGAACACGUGGUCGGGGAUGGGCUCGAUGCUCCCGCUUCUUGGGGCUUUCGUCGCCGACUCGUAUCUGGGGCGGUAUUGGACCGUCGUCAUCUCCUCGCUUCUUUACCUUCUGGGACUAGCCAUGCUGAUGCUAUCCGCCAUGAUGCCAACUCUAUACCCUCCCAAAUGCAGUGGCAGCGCAGACACCAAAGCUUGUCCCCCAACUCAGUUCCAAGUCGCCAUCUUCUACUUCUCCCUGUAUCUAGUGGCAAUUGGUCAAGGUGGCUUCAAGCCAUGCGUCGAAGCUUUCGGAGCCGAUCAGUUCGACGAGAGUGACCCCGAGGAAUGCAAAGCCAAGAGCUCCUUCUUCAACUGGUGGUUCUUUGGAAUGUGCAGCGGCGCCACCGCCACCACCUUCGUAGUAAACUACGUCCAGGACAACGUCAGCUGGGCUCUUAGCUUUGGAAUGGUAUGCGUUUUUAUGGGCCUUGCCAUCAUUGUUUUCCUGUUGGGGAGCAGGACUUACCGUUACUAUCCAGUGGAAGAUAAAAGAACCUUUGCUGCUGCCAUGAAAGCUUGCAGAGCAUUGAUUAGCAGUUGGCGAAUCUCUUGGAGUGUGAAGUCCAAAGAUGACGAAACCCAGUUUGUUUCUCCAAAGUCGAAAAAUGAAGCAAGGGUGGCAAUAUUUCCACAUGCAGCUGAUCAUCCCGAGCUUUGGUUACCUGCAUCCGAAGAAGGCAAGGCUGUGCAUGAUGUUGGUCAAGCAGAGCAAACCAAGGAUUUGCUUCGAUUGUUUCCUAUAUGGGGAUCCUGCUUAAUAUAUGCUGUUGUUCUUCCUCAGUCCUCGACAUUUUUUACAAAGCAAGGUAGCACCUUGGAUAGGAAAAUAGGAGCGAGCUUCCAAAUACCAGCAGCAUCACUGCUUUGCUCCAUUGCUAUCUCCAUUAUGAUCUUCAUUCCGAUUUAUGAUCGUGUUAUUGCUCCCAUAGCUAGAAAAUUUAACCAGACUCCUUCAGGCAUCACCAUGCUUCAAAGAAUUGGCGCAGGAAUGGUCCUCAUGACUCUUUCAAUGGUCAUAGCAGCUCUGGUAGAGAUGAAGAGGCUCAAAACAGCUCAAGAUUUUGGAAUUGUUGACUUGCCCAUGGCGACUACUCCGAUGAGAGCCUGGUGGUUGAUUCCUCAAUACAUCAUUUUUGGGAUUGCAAAUGUGUUCACGAUGGUUGGCUUGCAAGAGUUCUUCUAUGACCAAGUGCCUGACGCAUUGAGAAGUCUUGGGCUUGCUCUCUUCAUGAGCAUCUUUGGUAUCGGAGAGUUCGUUAGUGGUUUUCUUGUCUCUGUGAUCGAUGACAUAACUCGAAGAAGGGGUGAGAGCUGGUUCUCUGAUAACCUAAACCGUGCACAUCUUGAUUACUUCUAUUGGCUCCUUGCUGGACUCAGUGCUGCAGGGUUGGUCAUCUACUUCUACUUGGCACAAUUUUAUGUGUACAAGAAGAAAGCAGAAAUUACAGUGUAAUGCCUGAUCUUUAUUUUGCCACCUAUGAAACCUAUCUAAAAUCUUUCAGCAUGUUUAUGAUCCUUAUCACAUGUAAAUAUUUGUCAAUGGGUAUAUUCUAAACGAAAACCAAUCUUUCAGCAUGUAAUAUCCUUAUCCAAGAGAUGAUCUUUUAAGGCUGUGCACA